AUGGAUGCUCCAACUCACUCCAAAAAUCUCACUAGUCGUCUGCACUACAUCUUCUUAGGACUAAUCUUUUUUGGUCUUGCCUCCCUUCUCUUUGCCUUUGAAGUGGCCACUCCUACGCCUUACUCCCUUGGCUACUGGAAUGGAGCCCUAGCAUUUUUCUCGGGCCUCUCAGUUUUCGGUGUGGUAGCAUUCACCAGUCAAUGGACUCUGAUACUCCUCCUCGGUAUCAACGCCUUCACCAUCCUAGCAUGCAUCAUAGCUGCUCUCACCUCGAUGAAGACUCGAGAGGAGCGUCAUUUGCCUUCCUAUUGGGUGUGCUUGGCGACCCUCAUGUGUUCAGUCUACUCUAUGAUCUUUGUUCUCGUCAAAUACGGGUUGGAUGCUGAGGAUUUGAGCAGGCAGAACUCGGCGUUCAUGUUGGCCUCGCAGGAAUUGCAGUCGAGACAGCAAACUAUUCAACCUCCAGAAGGAUUUAUACUACCGAAUGAGGUACCGUAUUUGCCAGAUUAUGACAACCUCUCGGAUCCACCCUCCUAUCGAGAGGCUGUUGGUGGUAGUGCUGAGAAAACUACCCCAGAAAGGAGCUAG